AUGACUUUAAAUCCUCGUCUUCUAUCAUCUGCUGCUGCAGUUAUUUUAACGUUUGCUGUGUCUGCGGCUGCAUAUUAUUAUAAAAGAAGAAAUUUCGAAAUUAAUGAAGUGAUGGUGUUUUGUAAAUUACAGUUCAAUGCGUAUAAUUACUUCGACAAGUUAGUCAGUUUUAUAGAAAGUGCAAAGAAGGGUGUAAACGUUUGCAUGCCCGGCAUACACAAUCCAGCAAUACAGGCCCGAUUAGUUGAUUUAAUCAAGUCAAAAAAUAUAAAAAUCCGUAUUGUUAUAGACCGAACAGGAUACAAUGAUUCAACUGAAUUUUUUAUUAAAGAACUUAUAGACGCUGGAGCUGAAAUAAAAUGCAAAGUUAAUCAAUCAACAUUUACGAUGCAACAUAAAUUCUGCUUAGUGGACGACAAAAUUCUGAUGACAGGAACGCUAAAUUGGGGUAACGACCGGUCAUUUGAUCAUUGGAAUUAUGUAUAUAUAACAAGCAAACAACAACUAGUCGAACCAGUCAAGAGGGAGUUUUAUCACAUGUGGAACAUCGCUAGUGACGUACAAUCAGUUUUUCAUAUUUACUGCGACAGCGAUGCGGAGACAGUUGAAAUAUGUAAUCUCCGCGAAAUGUCAACGUCAGACGAAAGUGUCAAUAAUGAUAAUGAUCAUGUAAUCGGUAAUGUUGACACCCCUUUAGCUAAUCAGACGACAAGCGAAAAAAUUAAUACCUUUUCUAACAAUGGUAUAUCUCUAGAAGUAUAAAAUAAUAAUUGUUAUAUUUAUGUAUUUAAUUUUCGUUUAACUGAUACUAAUAAUAUUUAUUAAAUUCAUCAGCUGGCUGAAAUUAAUCAAGAUAAAUUAUUUUUAAAUGUACCUUUUAAAAACAUGAAAUAUUUUAUAACGAAGACUUUUUAAUUUUUUAAAUGUGUUGUGAAUAAUAAAAUUGUCAUAUGAAAUUCAAAAGAAAAUUUGUCAAACUUUAUUGUCAAUCUCCAUUUUUCUGGUCUUAUAUUUUCUUAAUUAUAUUUUAUUUCAAUGAAACUACAAACACUUUUACAUUUAAAAGCGUUUUUCGUACUAUUUUCAUAAUUAUUUUUCAAUAUUGUCUGUAUACUAUCUUGCCUUGUGUGCAGUUUUUUCUAUUCUCUAUAUAAUUUUUUAUAAAAUACAUGUUUUUUCAAUAAAACGAAUGCUUUAAUAUA